AUGUUGCCAGAGUCGCACCCACUCCGCAGGAUGGUGGAUUUCCUCCGACGAUAUGAGGACUUCACCUUUUUGAAUUACGAUGUUUCAUCAUCGAGCAUGCGAGCGGCCAUCAAGUAUAGGCAAAGCUUGGCUGCCCUUCAGAACAGCAUCGUAGAGACACCCUGCGUAACCUCGGCUACAUGGGAGCAGGCGGGUAGCUUAUUUGCAGCAUACCGUCUACUCGAUCUCGUAGCGUUGUGGCCAGCAGCCUUUGGACCAUCGUUGCCGGUGACCGUGCCCCUGAAUGAAAUACAGGCCAGCACAAGAACUAAGGAAAUAUUUUCACGGUUCAAGCUUGUAGAUGACUUGAAGGACUGGCCGGCAAUGCUCUGCUCUGCCAGGAAGCGCAUCCUCAGAGCCGACUCUAAGUCGCACAGAAACAUCAACACCCCUUCUAUCAGUGACACGCCGUCAUCCGCUUUCACCCAGGGCGGGCCCUCGGAAUCAACGCUAUUACUCUGUCUGGCGCGUAACCACUUCAAGGGUGUUGUGGGGAAAAUAAUCGGGAAUGUGUACUGUGCCUCGCUACACUACCAAAUCUUGUCAGGAAUGCGCGGUAUGAAGGACGAUGAACACGUUCUACCAGACAUUCCAACGGACACGGCUACUCUUGCAAAUCUCUAUGCAAGCGGCCAUCCUGAUGCUGCGUUGUUCCUCUCAGAGGUCACGCCAUCUCAUUUAAAAAUUCCUCUGCAUGUCGCCCUUUUCAUAUCCCCCAUCCUUCUUUUUGUGAAUAAAUCUUGGUAUUCUAAGAAAUGUGACCGGGAGCAGCUGCUUAAAGCCUCAAAAGCGCUCGGUAAUUGUCGCCCCCGUGUUCUGCGUGAAGUGGAGAUGGAAAUUUGGAAAAUCAUUGCAGCGCAAAAUUGCGACAUCCAGUCAGCCUUAUAUAAACUUGUUAUCUCAGACUGCUGGAUGGAAUGCGAGCGGGUAAUUGCACAAGAUCCCGCGUUUCACUUUUUCAUAUCGUCAACGAGCAGCGCCGAGGUUACAGCAAAUUCUAACCUAGCAAGGCGCAGCACUGAACCACACGCUCAACUUCAGACCGUUUCCCAUCAUGGUGAAAAAACCACCUGUGAAGGGUCCGACGCAGACGCGGAGGGUGACGAUGAUCACGAAGUGGACACGACGGAAAUGGUCAGCAUGGGUCAACGGGAGAACGGGGACAAUACGGUCCCUACCUCAAAUAUACAGCCUCCGGAAGACACGUCUUCAGUGGCUGGCAAGGAUGUCAGCAUGGGUCAACAGGAGAACGGGGACAAUACGGUCCCUACCUCAGAUAUACAGCCUCCGGAAGACACAUCUUCGGUGGCUGGCAAGGAUGUGCCCACGGACGAGCAACCUGGUUUGCCGCGGAGUGAUGAUAUUGGAUCUGGUCUACUUCAGACUGAGAAUACUGGGCCCUCAACUGCAGGGGAUUGUGAGAUGAACGUCGAUCCGGAGCAAGCUGAUGUCGACCAUCAAAUGGAGGAUGGUCCACAUACCAAUGGUCCAGAAAAUUUGGGAGACGGCGGGGCUGGACAAGGAGCUGAAGGGUCUUCUGACGAGGCAAAUCGUAUGUCGGAAGUUCACGAGGGCGAAAAGCAGGGGCAAGACGGAGAACGACCCGACGAGGAGAACCGAAUGUCAGAAGAUGGUGAGGAGGAAAGGCCAGACGACAGUUCGUCGGACAAUGAGACCGAGAAGCAGGGGCAAGGGGAUGUUCCACCAGUCCAGGAGGACAGAAUGUCGGUCGAUGGAGAGGGGGUAGGCCCAGAGCAAAACAAUGAUUCCUCAGACAUGGAGAGGAAUACAUUGGAAGACAGCCAAGGCGAAAAGGAGGGGGAGAACGCACCUCCUGCUCCUCUUAUUUUGAGGAUUCCUCCUGUUUCCCAGAUAAACAGGAGCAAAAACACCACGGCUGACUCCUCUCAGAAAGGGAAAGGGAAGGGCCGGCAGGGCCUUUCCAAGCGGCCUCCCAAACGCAAGCCGACGCAGGCUACCGACACAUUUGAUUCGGACGACGACCUGUGUAUUGAUGUCGAUCUGUACGACAGCAACACCACCCUUGAUGUCGUCAGCACUCCGGAGAAGGUGUAUGGCACCAAAGUUUGGUCCACCUACAACGGUCGUGGCCAACUUAAAAGUUUCUGCGUUGUUGCCCAUAGUCAAGCCGACGUGGAUCGUGUUGAAAGGGUUCUGGAAUUGGUCGAGAGUGACUACGUCGAUGGAGUUCCAUUGCACAUAGCACGUCCCGAAGAAUCAUGUUUUGCGGUAUUUGACCGCAGCACCACGAAAUCCAUGUAUCUGAUGGAGUCUUUCUCUGAAAGGAACGUCGUCCUUAUGUCUCCUUCUCAAGAGGAGUCUAUUUCAACUUGCUCCGACGAGUUCUACAGCCAGGUACGUCGCCAUAUGGGUGAUAUGACGAGCACCAGGUCAAUCCAAGAUAUGUCGACCAUGUCGUCUAACCCCAUCGAGAGGAUUAAGCGUGGGUCCCUCUCUCAGGUCAUGGAAGCAGCGAGGAUGAAAGGCAAAAGAGGAAAGAUCCUCAAUGCCCUCGACAUCCCUUUACCUCAUGCAGGCGCUCACUCUUUUGACUUGAGUACUGAGGCGGCUGCUCUUCGGGCUACAUCUGGUAGCUGGAAGUAUAGUACCCCCGUCCCAUUUGGUGAUAUGUCAUGGGGACUCGUAGCUACAGAGGGGGCAUUUUCAGAUAUCCAUAUCGAUGCCAAUGGUUUCUGUUCCUUCAUCCAACCUCUUCAUGGACUGAAGCUGUGGAUUAUCAUGUAUCCCAGACGGUUGGAUGUUGACCUUUCUUCUGACCGCCGUGUAUUUCUGGGAGACAAGCUGGAUUACGGGGAAACGCACCACCAAGACUGGAUUUACGAGGCGAUUGUUCUCGAUAACCAGUCAGAACUCUUCAUGAGACCGAAUACUCUACAUAUGGCGUAUUCUAUCUCCUCAGUGGUUUGCCGUGGCGGACAUUUUUACUCCUCCACUUCCUUCGAAGAAACCCUGACAGGAAUCAUUCACUGUUUUACCGCUGGAUACAGGGCAACGAAUACGAAUCAUUCAACGUCCCGAUUUUUCCUGCAGCAAACCAUACAUUGGUUCUACAAGGUUUUGGUUGAAGGUGACAGCGACCCAGAAGAUUUUUAUGAAAUGUACCAUGUCCCAUUCUACAGUACGCAGUCCGGAUACUCGAGCUUGAUAGCUCUGUGCGUGUGCAUGAUCUUGGCAAAUGCGCUCGACUACGAGACCUAUCGAAAUCCCGAUCAGAUGUUCUCCACCAAGACUUCGGCACAGUUAGACGCAUGGAUGCGGUGGGAUACCAACAGCCUGAGCGACGAAGAGCGCAAGGCGUGCAUCUUUGCCCGUGGCGAAGCCUUGGCUAUUCUAGAGUGGCUAUGUCAUCGCACGAAGUCCAUCCACUACAUGAUUGAGACGGACAAAAACAAGGAUGCACAAAAUAUCAUGGCGACAGAAAAGUUCCAUGAAAUGAUACUUUGCCGCUAUGCCCGUAUGAUUCUAGCCUACGACGCAGAAGCCAAACAUAACAACAUUGGUGGUGCCCCUUGCUGUACCGACACCAGUUUGCUUUUUGUCCAGCUUCAGGGCGUCUGCAGCGGAGAAUUGAACAAGGUUAUAUGUCGCAGUAUCGACCAGCUUCCUCGUUCCUCGGUCCCAAAGAUGCUCAAGUUACCCGUAAUCACUCUCAUUGACUGUGAUGCCUGUGCGGAUUCCUCAACGCAAUUGAGAACUCCCAAGGAGAUUCUGGAACUUGGUACGAGUGUGAGGGAUAAACUGUAUCUGGAUGGCAUGAAAGUCAAGCUGGAGAGCACAAAUCCGAGUACAUCAGCAACCCCCGUAUCUCGAGACCCUUCUCCCGAAAUUGGUAAUUUUAUGGAAGUGGACUAUAUCGACAAUUUUCUUGGCGCGUCAUCAGAGAUGGAAGAUGACCCACCCCCCAAGGCAUCAAAAUACAACUAUCCGUACGUGAAGGAGGAUUAUAACGGGGCUGGAAGAGCAUUUGGAACAGGCCUUACAUUCAUGGAUCAGCUCAAACAGGAUCAAUUCGAACCCCAGCGGGCGGAAAAUUUGUACUAUCCUUUUGCCUCGAAAGAUGAAUGGGAGCUCUCCCUGUUCCUACUUCGCUCUGACAUGAGCGUAGGAAUGCUGAAUGAUUUUUUGAAACUUGAACUGAUAAAAAAACUCAACUUGUCCUACAAGUCGGCAAAAGAUCUACGCAACCGGGCAGAGAUCCUUCCCUCUGGUCCGCAGUGGAAGAGUCAAACGAUCAUACCAGAAAUACCAAGCAAAAAUCAGCUAACGCUUUUUUACCGCGAUGGAUUGGAAUGUAUCAAGGCGCUUCUCAUCAGUCCCUUGCUCCAAGAUAGCAUGCACUUUAGCCCAUUCAAGCUCUUCGACAAGUGCAACGAGAUGAUGCGGGUAUACACUGAGUGGUUUAGCGGUGACAUUGCGCAUUUUAUGCAGUAUAACAAGGUUCCCAAGGACCAGCUCCCAAAAGGAGCAACACUUAUACCUCCUAUUAUUUCCACGGAUAAAACCAACAUUUCCAACAUGACCGGAGGCCGUGUCGCCUACCCUGGCCUUAUCAGCAUUGCCAACAUAAUGAUGAACUUUCUUCAUCGCUCCAAAGCUGUGAAUGGGAUGAUGGCAGCACGGCUAUAUCACCAGUGCAUGGACAUUGCUCUAGAAUCGGUCAAACAAACUGCGAGGGUGGGAACCACCAUGGCAGAUGCAUUGGGGAAUAAUCGUUUCUGCUUUACACCGCUUGCUGCCCUUAUCGUUGAUACUCCAGAAUCUGCUCUGGCGGCUUGCGUCGCAGGAUCCACAUCCUCUGUGACGUUGGCACAAUACGAGACGUUUGGGGAUUCCUUUCGCCACCCUUCCCGAACUGCAGAUCAUACAAUCAACACCAUCAUGGCCAUCAACAAUGUUAAGCCCCCUAAUCAUCUCGAACCAUAUCUAAAAGAAAGCAAAAAGCACCGUCUCAAUGGGGUUCACCUACCGUUUUGGAGAGAUUGGCCCUUGUCUGAUCCUUCUGCAUUCCUUACGCCUGAACCCCUUCAUCACUGGCACAAGAUGUUCUGGGAUCAUGAUGCAAAAUGGUGCAUUGCUGCAGUCGGAGGUUCCGAAUUGGAUUUUCGAUUUUCGAUUUUACAGCACCGCACUGGUUUCCGACACUUCAAGGAAGGGAUUUCUUCCUUGAAACAAGUGACCGGUAGGGAACAUCGGGACGUUCAGCGAUACAUUGUUGCUCUCAUUGCAGACACAGUCAGUACACCCUUUAUCUUAGCCAUCCGGUCUCUGAUGGACUUUCGGUAUCUCGCACAAUCUCAAACAAUCUCCGAGGCAAUGUGUCUCAGAAUUGAGCAGGCACUGCAAGAUUUCCAUGCCAAUAAACAAGCCAUCCUUGACGCGGGAGCACGUCGAGACACGACAGAGCAUGCACAUAUCGAGGUGGUCAAAGCCCCUUCCAGUUCCAGCAAUAAUCAAAGAUACGAGCCUCAAGUUUGUCGAUACCUUGAUCGUCGUGACAAAUUGCGCAAUUUCGAUUUGUUUACAGCUAUACGAGAAAUGAGGAUUGAUUUUCGGGCUAUACACUCUGCAACAAUUACGGAUGAGGAGGAGCAGGAGGAGGGGGAUGAGGGGGAGGAAAACGGCGAGGUUGUGAUGGACACAACGUCAGAACUUCUUUCAACAAUCAUGCCGAUGACAACCUUUCAAUCAGCAAAGUCCAAUCGCAUUGUGGAUUACUUCUACAAAGCUAGUCUCUAUGAGCGUGGCGUAUUGGAAGGCCCAGUCCCCUACAGAACAUUUUCUUGCAGCAAAAACGUUGUUGCCCAUUUAUCUAGGGAUGCUAGUUCCAAAAGAUUGCAUAUCGACGAGGUUGCGAGCAUUUUUAAAAUUCCCGACCUACGACCAGCAAUUGCCGAUUAUGUGUCACUCAUCAAUAAGGAAUCAAAUCCGAGACAGACCAAUUCUCGAGGUUAUCACAUCAAGGGGAUAACUGGCAGGCGUGUUUCUCCUCCCGGUUGUCCGUUGCCGUAUUCAAAACUUGAGGUAUGGCAUAAGGUCCGUAUACAGUCGACUGCGUACCAAUACCCUCAUGAGAUCCUGGAGGCAGUCACACUUAAUGCAUAUCCGCCAUCUAACAAACAUCCUUUUGGAUACUUCGAUUCAGCAAUCAUAAACGUGGAUGAAUCUGAGGAGUGGCCUCGCAGCGGGCUUCAAGGCCAUUCUGUCGUCGACAUUCGUAUUAUUUUUCGCAUUGUCGGAGAGACACCCAGUACUGUGUCUCCCGAUAUUACUGGAAGAUUUCUCGCAUACGUCCAACGUUUUGAGGUUUUAAAUCAGCCACAGUCUCUAGGUUCUGCGAUCCGUGGACCUUACCCAGAGCCAAUAACCGGCAUGUAUAAAUUAAAACGAAGUCAACGUACAGAUAACACCAUUAUGGGUGGAAUUUUACCAUUGAAUCAAAUACGCUCCCUGGUUGAUCUGGUCCCUCAGAUGGGCGAGAAGGCAAGGCGAAGCCUUACUACACAUAACAGUCAUUCCACUAGCACCGAGUUCCGAUUAAACAAAUAUUUUGACAAAGAACUCUAUUUGGCCCUGUCAUCAUAA